UGUUUGAAGCUUCAGUAAUGGCUUCAGAGAGUUCACAUGCUCAAGAGAGCUCUUUAAGCUCGUGCAUCGACUCGGUGGAGGAUUUUGCUCCAUCAAAACUCGGAACAAAAGACUACUGGGAUAAUGCUUACAGCAGGGAACUUCAGACUUACAGAGACAUUGGAGAUGUUGGAGAAAUAUGGUUUGGGGAGGAAAGUAUGAACCGUGUAAUCCAAUGGAUGGAGAAACAGCAUACGCCUGAAAAUGCUGCCAUACUGGACAUUGGCACUGGAAACGGUGUCUUCCUGGUAGAACUGGCCAAGCAUGGUUUUAUGAAUAUUACUGGAAUAGAUUACUCCAGUGCCUCAGUAGAACUUGCAACACAUGUCCUGGCAGAAGAGGGCUUAACAAAUAUUAAAGUUCAGGAGCAGGAUUUUCUGAACCCCAGUAUCGAACUGAAAGGGUUUGACUUGUGUAUCGACAAGGGCACUUUUGAUGCUAUUAGCUUGAACCCUGAAGGCCAAGAAAUGGCAAAACUCCAGUACAUGUCCUCACUGAGAGCAGCUCUAAAGCCACAGGGACAGUUCAUCAUCACCUCCUGUAACUGGACCAAAGAGCAGCUGCUGCAGAUCUUCAGCCCAGGCUUUGAGUUGUUACAAGAGCUCCCUACUCCACGUUUCCAGUUUGGUGGUGUGACCGGGAACAGCGUCACAGCUUUGGUCCUCAAAAGACUCAGCUGAUGUCCAACUUUGUUUAAAUGUGGCUUUGGUAGUUGUUUGUAAAUUUGUAAAUUCUCCACUGUCUGUCCUUCUGUUUCUUCCACACAUGCAUAAAAGUAAAAAAACAACAAAAAAAACCCUUUUAAA